GGAACUAUGGGGGUGUCUGAGAGCUGUGGACAUGUGGUGGUCUAACAGAAGCAUGGCUGCCUUCACACCCCACGUGACCAACCUCAGCAAAAGGGAGGGCAAGAGCUUUGGCUUCAUCCUGCGGGCGGAGCAGGGUGAAGAGGGCCACCUGAUCCGGAACGUGGAGAGCGGCGGCCCCGCCGACCUGGCUGGCUUGAGGGAUGGGGACCGGAUCCUGAGGGUGGAUGGGACCUUCGUGGACAACAUGGAGCACUCCCUGGUGGUGAAGCUGGUGAGGGACAGUGGGAUGUCUGUCACUUUGCAUGUCCUGGACCCAGCCUCCUACAAGCAGGCCAAGGCAAGCAGGGUGGACCUGUCCCAGCCUGCUCAGGCACAGCCCACCAUGAACGGGGUGGCUGGGUCACCACCCAAACCCAAACUCUGUUUUCUGGAGAAAGCCAAAAGUGGAUAUGGGUUUUCCCUCAAAUCUACACAAGGGGAGAAGGGAAUUUUCAUGGCUGAAGUGACACCCAAUGGCCUUGCGGAGAAGGCUGGAGUCAGGCCUUGUGACCGUGUCCUGGAGGUUAAUGGUGAAAAUGUAGAGGACGCCACCCAUGAGCAGAUUGUAGAGAAGGUGAAAGCCUCCGGUAGCAGCGUUAUGUUCCUGCUGAUGGAUGAGGAGACGGACAGAUACUACACAAACAAAAAGAUGAAGCUGGGGGCAGGGGUGGCUACCUUGAAGCACCUCCCACAUAGGCCACGCAUCGCAGACAUGGCGAAAGGCUCCGAUGGCUAUGGAUACUACUUGCGAUCCGACCCAAAGCUAAAGGGCCACUUCAUAAAAGACAUCGACAGUGGGAGCCCAGCAGAACGGGCAGGACUGAGGGACAUGGACCGGCUGGUGGCAGUGAAUGGGCACGCAGUGGAGCACUGCAGCCAUGAGCAGGUGGUGGACAGAAUCUGGCAAGGUGGCCAGAGCUGCUCUCUGCUGGUUGUGGACAAGGACACUGACAAAAUGUAUAAAAUGGGAGGUGUGUCUCCUCUUCUCUACUGGGAGCAAAUGAGAGGAUCUCUUCUUCACCCAACUCCCCCUCCAUCUCCCAAGCCUACAUCUAAGCCAAUCACAACUCCCCCCACCCUGGAGCCUACCCCUGCCUCCUCACCGCCUGCCCAGGGUGACUACAAACCCAAACUAUGCAAGCUGGAGAAGACCCUGAACGGAUUUGGGUUCCACCUGAAUGGCAUCCAAGGGGAGCGUGGCCAGUACAUUAAGGAGGUGGUGAAGGGCGGGGCUGCAGACAGGGCGGGGCUGGAGGAUGACGACAUUGUGGUGGAGGUGAAUGGCCUGAAUGUGGAGGGCAGCACCUAUGAGCAGGUGGUGGACAUUAUCCGGAGCAGCGGCAGCAGCCUGGUCCUGCUGGUCGCUGGAAGACAGGCCUACGAGUACUUCAAGGCCCGGCAGAUCCCAAUCACCAGCCUCCUACUGGACCCCGCCUCGCUUGAUGUGCCCUGCAUACCCAUCACGCUCGAGGGGGUGAGAGGAGAAGAGAAGGAGGAGGACAGAGAGGAGAAAGCCACCCGGACUGCCACCCCAGCCCUCCAGUCCAAAGCUCAUGAGAGGAACUCAUCUUCAUCAUCAUCAAGCCCAAGCGAAGAUGAGCAGCUCUGAAGAGGAACCUCUUAAAUAAUUAUCCAGCUUUCUUUCACCUUCCUAUUCACGCUGAUUUUAUCUCCUGUAACUUCCUGUAAGGCACAUGUGUAUUGAACGUUCUUCAGUUUGUGUCUGUCAUCAGUGAAAUCUUAUUCUGCAUUUUUCAUCCUCCCUCAAGUCAUCUAUUAUUUAGUAUAAUCUCUUCAUGCAGACCUAGGACACUAAAUCACUGUUGUCAAGACCACACACAGAAGGAAUUUUCCAUUUUAAAGCCACUGUUUGAUCCGCAGAAUGUUAAAAUGCCUGAUAAAACUUAAUGUAUUACCUUCAUGGAGCUUUUGCCAAAGCCAUAAAUAAUUUACUAUUGAAAUGGUUUAAGCUAUUGAUCACUAAGCUGACAGCUUUAAAACUGUACU